AUGAUGGUGAACAACUGUGAAGAAUUUAGACCAUGUGACGGACCUGAACAAGGAUCCCGAUGGACCCUGGUUUUUUAUGGGGCGUCCAACGCACUUGGCAAUGGUAUAGGUGUUGUACUCAUAUCCCCUGAAGGAUGUCAUACUCCCUUUACGUUGGACUUCUAUCUGGAGAAUGAGGAGCUUUCAGUGCAAGGUGAUGAUUGGAAAAGCUUCCUUGAGGUCCAGGGAUGCUUUUUCAAUGCUUACUUUGUCUUGAAACUCCUUGUAUCGAGCUGUGGAACUUCAACUGCAAAAGGAAAAAUUAAAAAUGGUGGAAACUGUUAG